GCCUACUUCGAGCGCCUCCCCUUCAACAAUUGCCAGUACGAGACUUGGGAAGGAUUCGAUGAGACACUGUCCAAGUUCAAGGACUUCCUAGAAGAGAAUGGGCCUUUCGAUGGUGUGGUUGGCUUUGAUCAGGGAGGCGAAUUCAUCGCCCAGGUGGCAGCACGUGCGAACGCGGGUGACGAUUCGCUGUCCGGGGCAUUUCGCUUUCUCAUCCUUUUCACAUCCACGGCCCCAAAACAUCUGGCGCCCCUUGGCACUUGCCGGCCGAAAGCACCGAUGCGGCUGCCGGCACUGCUGAGUUGGUGCGAUAGCGACCCGAACCAUCCAUUUCAGGAGUACGAAGAGCUCCCGCUCUUCUUCCACAGGGACUUUCGGGAAGUGAUCCGCCACGAUGAAGGGCAUCGGCCUCCGACCUUCAGGAAAGGGACAGAAGCUUUUGAGCGCUUCAGCCGCUUCCUGGAGGCAAUGCAGCAGGGAGACGACUUCAUUCCCAGCGACCACGAG